AUAUUAUCGAUAUACGUAUAAUACAAACAAUUUGAAUAAAAUGCAAUACUGAGAUUUCAAGAUCAAGUUUGCAAAAACUUAAAUGAAUUUAGUCACAUAUAUAAACGCAUACAAAGCAAUUUAUCUCUAAGCGGAGAGAGAGAAAGAGGAGUUCACACGUAAAUUGAUUGACAGAACAUUCAAAAAAUGAAGUCGAUUAUGUCUAUAUCAGCAAUGAAAUGCGCUAUUAUUGAUUGUGAUACACCUUGGCGAUUUGUUGAGGAUCUAGAAAGACACAUGCAUAUAUCUCUGUAAUUCCAAAUUCUGUUAUCGUCUGUCGACAAAUGCGUCUUGAACGAGAUGGGAGGAAAACUAUAUGAGAUAUCAGUUUCUAUAUACUUUUUCAACUUCCCGUCCAGAUAUAUAUUCCUGAUAACAUUGACGAAUUAGACGGAACCUCGUUAAAUGGCAUGAUGAUAAAUGGAAUUAAAGAACGUUUUAUAAAAAUUGGGUGCAGGUUUACAAGAUCCACUACUUUAAUCGCAAAUACACGAAAUCAGAGAGAAGAUCGACUUCACUCUGCACGAAAUAAAAACAAAUUAUGGACUAUUUACUUCUUUGUCUGAAUCCUUAUACAUAAGCACAAAUAUUUCAUAUAAGAGAGAAAAUAUUUGUGUGUGUGUAUGUAUGAUGUUUGUAUUUUUGAGCAAUAAGAAUAACGUUUUUUGAAGAUCGCUUUUCAGUCAUAUCACUACUAUCGUUAACUUUACAAGUGCUUCGUAUUGCUGCGCGAUAUAGAAAAAUGAUAGACACAAAAAUCAUCGAUAUCAAAGUGUACGACGUAAGAUUUCCGACAUCGUUAAGGCACGUUGGAAACGAUUCUAUGCAUGACAAGCCCAAUCACUCUAUCACGUACGUAACAAUUUGCACUGAUAAGAAUUUUGAAGGAUAUGGCAUCGCAGCUACUCUAGGAAGAGGAAAUGAAUUAGUGGUGCAAACGUGCAAGCUCAUGUUCAAACACGUGAUAGAACGAACAACAACACAGAUUUAUUCAAAUUUUGCAUCGUUUUGGAGACAACUAACGAAUGAUCCUGAAUUACGAUGUUUAGGGCCGGAGUGUGGUGUGGUACAUUUAGCUACGGCGGCUAUCGUGAACGCAUUGUGGGACUUGUGGGCCCGUAUCGAGAAUAAACCUGUUUGGCAGUUGCUUAUGGACAUGACACCUGAGGAGCUCGUUUCCACGAUAGAUUUUAGAUACAUAAGAGACGUAGUGACCGAGGAAGAGGCGAUACAAAUGCUCCGUGAGAAUCAGCCGCGCAAAGAGGAAAAGAAGAAGGCACUACAAAGUAAAGGCUAUCCGGCGUAUACGGCCGAUGUCGGAUAUUGGAGUUUUGGAAAUCAACACAUUAGAAGUGCCUGCAAAAAAUUCAAGAAACUCGGUUUUGAGAACUUCAAAAUAUCCGUAGGUUACUCCAUCGCCGAGAGUUGGCAGAGAUGUAAAUUGAUACGUAACGUGAUAGGCCAUAAAAAGACAUUCCUGGUGGAUGCGAAUCAAUUUUGGGACACCAAUGAAGUAGUGAAUGCAGUAAAAGGUUUCAAUCCAACUUUUCCUGUCUGCAUAGAAGAUCCGACGUCCACCGACGAUGUCUUAGAACAUGUUAAUAUACUGAAUUCACUAAAAAAGCUUAAACAUCCGAUGAAAGUGACCUGCGGUGAAAUGUGCACAAAUCGCGUACAAUUCAAGCAAUUUUUAAAAAUGAGCGAGAUUAGUUUUUGGAACAUUAACGUAGGAAGGCUUGGUGGAGUUAAUGAAGCCCUAGCUGUAUACUUUAUGGCAAAAAAGUAUAAUAUACCAGUAUGGGGACAUGCUGGUGGAAUAAGUCUGGGCGAGAUGAUCCAACAUCUUCAAAUAUGGGACGCCAUUUGUUUAAGUCAAUCCACGGACAACACUAUGAUAGAAUAUGUCAGUCAUCAGCAUGGAUACUUCGAAGACCCUGUAUUCAUUAGAAAUGCUUCUUAUUUACUACCUAAUCGUCCUGGAUUUUCAACUCGACUUAAGAACAAGUGUCUCACGCGGUGGUCUUAUCCAAAUGGUGACCGUUGGAAUCAUCUGUUUAAAAUAAAACGCCUCAAGAACGAACUACCAAUAAAGAGAAAUUGAUAAUCUAAAAAAAUUUGAUGAUAUAGCAAAGAAUUUUAGAUAAAAGCAUUAUAUAUGAAACCGAUACACAUUUUCUAAUUAAGUAUUGUAAAAUACAUUCAUUUUGAAAUAUAUACUCAAUACUCAAAAAUA